AUGGAUAAAAAGAGGCAAGCUGACUGCGUGACCAGUGCCGAUACUCUGGUGAAUAUGCGCAAAGUGACCCAUCAGACCAUAAGCGAGGAGCUAUCCAAAACCGUUCUCCUGCCCUGCCUCUUCACCCUCCGCCCCAGCUCAUCCCAUGAACCGCCCAGGAUCAAGUGGACCAAGGUCUGGGGCCAAAGGGGCUCUGACGGCCUGCAGAAGGAGCAGUCCGUCCUGGUGGCCAAGGACAAUGUGGUCAAGGUGAAGAAGGCCUUCCAAGGUCGUGUAACGUUGCCUGGUUACAGCAUCAAUCGCUACAAUGCCAGUCUGGCUCUGACGGGGCUGCGUUCCAGUGACUCUGGGUUGUAUCGCUGUGAGGUCGUGGUGGGCAUCAAUGAUGAGCAGGACACAGUUCCCCUGGAGGUCACAGGUGUGGUUUUUCACUACCGGGCCCCUCACGACCGCUACGCUCUGACCUUCACCGACGCCAAGAGGGUUUGCGUGGAGAACUCGGCGGUCAUCGCAACACCAGGCCAGCUGCAGGCUACCUUCGCGGACGGCUACGACAACUGUGAUGCUGGCUGGCUGUCAGACCAGACCGUCCGGUAUCCCAUCCAGUCGCCUCGGCCAGGUUGCUAUGGUGACCGCGAGGACUCACCUGGAGUCCGUAACUACGGCAAUAGGGCCACCGAUGAGCUGUUUGAUGUUUACUGCUUUGCUGAGCAGCUUCAAGGCGAGGUCUUCCACUCCACGGUACCUGAGAGGCUGAGCCUGGCCACGGCCUCCACCCACUGCCACUCCCUGGGGGCCCAGCUGGCCACUGUCGGGCAGCUCUACCUCGCCUGGCAGGCUGGUGUGGACCAGUGUGACCCCGGCUGGCUGGCGGACGGCAGUGUCCGCUACCCCAUCAACGUCCCACGGAAGAACUGCGGCGGGGACGAGCCGGGGGUGCGGACCGUCUACAAUAACCCCAACCGCACCGGUUUCCCCGACACCACAGCGCUGUUCGACGCCUACUGCUACCGAGCACGCCAGCCUGCAGGGAUCCAGACCGCAGAGGUUCAGGCUUUACACCAGACCGUCAUCGCAGCAGCACAGGCCACCUCCUCGGUCACUGAAGCCCAGCACAAUUCCCCUUUCCCCAAGACUUCCACCUGGACCGGCCUGGUCGACCUGGACAGAGCGGGAGUGCGCUCUAUCGCCGGGAUCGACAACUCCUCUGAGAUCUCUGCGGAGCAUGUCGUCAUCCACUUAAGGCCUGAGGUGGGUUGGAAAGACGGACAGGAUGUGACGAGAAGCAGCCAGGAGAAUGAUCCUCAGAUCAGCAGCAACACCUUGGGCCUUUCUGACCUUGAGAGCGUAGAGAGUCAUGGAGGCUCAGCCCACGAGGAAGAUGACGGCGGAUUUUUGGGAUCUGACAACCCAAGAUUAUCCUCCACAGCCUCUUCAAAUCCACAGCCUCAAACCACUAACAGUGUGCUGGCCGAGUUUGUCAACACUCUUAUGAGACCCUUAAGGCACUGGGCUGGAGGUGGGGAGGGUGAGAAGGUGGAGAAGGGACUUUCAGUGCCUGAGGAAAACGUAGGAGAGAACCAGACGCAGGGUGAAGCAUCCAGCCGAAACCUCAGUGUGCCCAACGCCGUCAGAAACAAGGGCAAGGUGGACAACGCCAUCACAGAGCAGAGGAGCAGGUUGUUUUCCUUCAGGGCUCCUGUCAGUCGACAGUCGAGUGCAGCAGAGGGUCUGUCGGAGCAGGAGAGAGAGGUGAUGCCAUUGUUUCGAUUAGUGCCUGCAGUCAAAAAGGCAGGGCAUACCCAGACCAGCACCCAGGCAGGAGAACAAGUCACCAGCACGUCUGCAGAUGCCCCUCUGUCCACUGCUCAUGGAUCCACUGCAUCAAGACCCAAGGAGGGAUCACCUCCCAGUGGACAUGUCAACAUAUCCGUCCCUCAGGGAACCCGAGGAGUUCCAGCUUUUGCUCCAGACCCCAGCAGGCACUUUCAGUGGGUCAUUGAGUCUAUGCGUGUCUCUAAAGCAGGACCCCAUGGAAAUGUGGCCUACGGUAAACCACUAUCCUGGGGGCCCAUGGAAGCCAAAGCAGGGCCCCUGGAGGUUAUGACCCUUCCCACCUCCUUUCGACAGGACACCCAAGAAAAUUUUUCAGGCGAGGGGAGGGAUAAGGACGUAGAGGAAGCUACACCUCCAUCAGCUGGUCAAACAGUGUCAGAGGAGGAGAGGGAGAUGGAGGGGAGCGGAGAAGGAAGCAGGUUUCCUGGUGGGUUUGGAGUGAAAGUCAACAAUAUGAGCAGCGCUGGUGACAAACCGAUCAUUGAAACAGAGUCCUCGCUCAGCCAGAGUGAGCUUGUGACUGUGUCUGAGCUCACCACCCUGUCCAAGUGGCAGCUAGUGGAUCAGCCCACCACCUCACCUCAUUCUCAGAAGGCAAACACAGCAGAAGAGGCCAUAGGGGGGGUGUUCUACGUCCGCCGGCCCACUGAAAACCACUCCUCAGCCUCCUCACACAGAGGGAAAGAAACGUCAAACUCAGGAUUUCCUCCUGUUUUUAGGAAGAAUAGCAAAGACACAAGCAGAGAGGAGGAGACUUACACAGCCGAGGCCCUGAUGGAGGUGCUGACGACCUCUGGGGUGACCACACCGGAGCUUCUGAUGACCAGAUACACUCAAAGGACAGACGCUACAACAACAGACAAUCCCUCUCACAGCUCCCCAACAGAGGAGCCAUCUAUUUCCAUUUCAUGGGUUCUGGAGGAAAAAACAAGUACAGCCAACAUUCAGGAAGAUCGAGCCACUCCAGCACCUAGUAUGGGAUCUCAAACGACUACAGGAGUCCUUCAGUCGGCUACUCUUGCAUCCGACUCCAAAGCUGGCGCCACAGAAAUGGAGUCCAGGUCUGCAGUGUCUGAUUCUUUCAUCGUGGGCAGUCGGUGGACGCCUUUCAAAGGAGCGGGCCAUAAAUCUGAGGAGCACAAGGCCAAGGAGACGACAGACAAGAAGGACGGAAACAACCCUUUCGGCAUUCUCAUACCCAACUGGGCAUUUGGUCUCAUCCCUUCAGAGGAGAAUAACCCGUGCCAGACCAACCCCUGUCUCCACGGAGGGAGCUGCCUGCAGGAAGGCGACGGCUAUAGCUGCUACUGCCCUCAGGGCUUCUCUGGGGAGAGCUGCGAGAUCGACAUUGACGACUGCCAGUCUAAUCCAUGCCAGAAUGGAGGAACCUGCAUCGAUGAGAUCAACUCCUUUGUGUGUCUUUGUCUGCCCAGCUACGGAGGAGCUACUUGCGAGAAAGACACAGAGGGCUGCGAGCACACGUGGAGGAAGUUCCACGGCCACUGCUACAGGUACUUCAGCCGCAGACACACCUGGGAGGAUGCCGAGAAGGACUGCAGGGAGCACAGCGGUCACCUGGCCAGCAUCCAUAGCCUGGCCGAGCAGAGCUUCAUCAGAGGGCUGAGCCACGACAACACCUGGAUCGGUUUGAAUGAUCGAACAGUGGAGGACGACUUUCAGUGGACCGACAAGAUGGACCUGCAAUAUGAGAACUGGCGUGAAAACCAGCCAGACAACUUCUUCGCUGGAGGAGAGGACUGCGUGGUUAUGAUAUCUCAUGAGAAUGGCAAAUGGAACGACGUGCCCUGCAACUACAACCUGCCUUACGUCUGCAAGAAGGGAACAGUGCUUUGUGGAGCCCCUCCCCCUGUGGAUAACGCCUUCCUGAUUGGUCGGAAGCGUUCCCACUACGACAUCCACUCCGUUGUGCGCUACCAGUGCGCCGACGGCUUCCUGCAACGCCACGUGCCCACCGCUAAGUGCCGCGCCAAUGGCAAAUGGGACCGACCCAAAAUCAUCUGCAUAAAAUCCCGGCGAGCCCACCGCUACCGGCGCCACCACCACAAGGGCAGGAGGGAGCGCAGGAAGCACAAGAGGCACGGCCACAGAGAGGGGGGCCACCACGGAGGGGAGGCGGGCCACGGCCACAACCACGUCCACUUCUGAACCAAAACAUCCCCUUUUUCCUCCUGAGCUGCCGACUUCAGUUUGCCUGACUCCCCCUUGUCCACAUUUCACAACCUUACAGCCCAGAACUCUCUACCCGAGCCCCCCUCUCCCAAACCCACCCUCCCUCCCUGCACUGCCCUGCCCUUAGCUCCGAGUCAGCCUGUGUCGUCGUCGAGUCUGAGGCCUGACAGAGCGCUGCCAGGUUUCACCAGGACUGCGAAACAACUCCCUUUAUACUCUUUUUACUUUCUUUUCCCUCUUUUACUUUCCCGUCUUGACCUGUCUGUCUCUCGACCCAGUUUCUCUCCCUUUCAAGCUCAACGAUGACCUGAAACAUGGGGCUGCGCUGACCUGUUUUUUUGAAAAAAGAAAAAAAAAGAAAUACCUUUGAGAUCCACAGCGAACAAUCUGGAGAGAGGAGUGGUUUAGUACAACCUGUAAAUAGGGACAUCGCUGAAAAUCAAAAUCAGACGAGUCACGGAAGUUUGAGCCUCAUGUCGUUGACUUGAGCAUUUUGUCAGUUGAACACGUUUUCUUUUUUACCAACUGUGUUUCGUUUCUUGACUCUGCUGCUUUCGGUUGGCUCUUUGUAAGACAGUGUAUUUGACUUUAAAUGACACAGGGCGUUCUCCUGCAACAUAACUGAUUGAUUUUCUUCGAAUAGGAGGAGCAGCUGUAAUUGUUUAAUUUGAUUGUUAGCGUUGUAUCUUAUUGUCGGUGUGAGACAGUUACUUUAGAUCAGAUGCUAAACCCCCAGAGGAGAACGGAAAAUGCAUCACAUCUCAAUUCAGCUUCGCACAUUACGCAUCAGUCACUGUUCAGAUGUGUCGAAAGAUCUCGAGCGUCUCUUGUUGUGUCAGACGUCCUCCGCUGUUGUCGUCGAGGGUUAAUCUGAGCGACUGAUGUCAGUUUGUCAGAGCUUAGCUCAGUUUUCCCAUAUUUGCUUUGUCUUUUCUCGUCGUUUGUGCUGCUGCAGGAACAUGUGCUGUGAAUUAAUCAAGCUGAUGCAGCAGGAUCAAGUUCAUCUCAUUCAUCCCUCUUUCUUUUACCUUGUUUGGUCUGAUGAGAAGAAUGUAUGCCGUCAGCUGUGUGUAGCACAGAGAAAGCCUCAUCAUAAGUCACGGGCAGCACAAGAUAUGACAAGUCCGAUAAGAGUCUAAUUCAGGGACCCUCCAGGGCCAUGAUGGCCAUCAUUCAAUUCUAUCAGUCAGGUUGAGAAAUGGCUUGCAUUGUUUAACACUUAAACUGUCAUAAAUUGUUUUAUUGACAUAUUUACAUAUAACGUUAAAACUUAAAAUCAGUUAUAACACCGAUGAGAGCAGUGAGGGAGAGUCAAAAUGGGUGAUAAAUAAAACAAUUUAUUGAGGCAGCAUUAAAUAUUAGAUUAAACUAACUUAAGAUAACAGUUUUUACAGUACUCUGUGUUUGUGUGUGUGUGUGUGUGUGUGUGUACUUGUACUUAUGAGGACCAUUUUAAGCAAGACCUUACAAAUUUAGGGCAAUUAUGAAAGACUGCUCUUAAGGUGAAGCCCAAUUCAUGCUUCUGUGUCGACCCACGUCGUAGCUCCAGUGAAGCCUGAGCGUAGACGUGUUCCCAUCAGGGAACUCCACCCAGUUCCCUGACGGGCACCUCCCCAAAAACAACGCGUCGAUGGCGAUGCAGCCGCAAGAGCUGUGAUUGGUCCGCUUGGUAGCAUGAUAUUUACAGCAGAGAGUUUAUUUUCUGAAUCUUCUGCUUUGCCUCAAUCGGUUUAAAUGUUAUACAGACCAUCUCCACCAAUGUCUUUGUAUGCACCUAUGCUCAGUGUCCUCACUAAGACAGAAGUACAAGAAUGUGUGUGUGUGUGUGUGUGUGUGUGUGUGUGUGUGUGUGUGUGUGUGUGUGUUUAUGACUGAAGAUGUUGACAGUGGCUCCUCAGUGGAUGAUGAUAGAGAGCGGCAGCGGAGAUUAAGACUUCCCCAUUUCUGGGGCAGAGGGAGUCUCGCCGCUCUCACACCUGUGCUUGCUCCUGCUGCGUGUCCUGCUUUAAAGAGGAGGUCGAGACGUCUGCUACAGGCGCUCUGCUCUCUUUUCCCCUCCACUUUACUGCCGGCUGAAAUUGCUGUUUUCUUAAACCCAGCACUUAAGGUUGGAGCUCCCGGGAUUAUAUCCCAAACACUGACUCCGACACUUUUUAUCCUCUAUGAUUCUCCAUCUCUUUCUGCUUUGUCCCCCUUCCACACCUCUUUUUAUUUAUCUCCCUCACUAAAUUUUCUUUUUACUGUCACUGUCUUUUUACAACUGAAAAAUAGUGGAAGAUAAGCACAGUUACAUUUAAUUUAACCUGCUCUUUAUUACGAAGAUACUACACACAGUUUUUUCAUCAGUCUGUCAAACAAACUAUAAAAAUAACACUAAAGCAGAAUUGAGUAUUAUAAAGCCACAUGAGGUAAAAGAAAAGAAAAUCAAUGUUUGUCUCCUCUCACCUUGACAAUGACACCAGUCUCCUGCAUGAAGGGGGACAGUGAUCCCUACACCUCCCUAUCAGUUUAAUUAAUCUACCACAUCACUAAUUAACAAGCUGCAUUAUCUGCAGAGCCACAGAGCAGCGAUGACGGGGGAAGGGUUAGGGUGACGGACAGGAGGUCCAGAGAACUGUCGCAGCCGUCAACCCACCGUCGUCUCAUAGAUGUCAGACUGCCGGGAGCCUCUUCUUUUUGGGGAAGAUGGAUUGACCACGGGGGAAUGAUGGAAAGGGGCAGACAGGAGGAAUUCAAAUCUGAGCCGAUGCCCGGAGACAGUGCAAUUAGAGAUUCAUUAAAGCUCAGCACAAACUUUCUUAAAAAACGAUUUGAUCAAAUGAUAUGUUUAGUAAAAUCAGGCUGGAAAACAGUAGCGGAGACAAAUUUGGACAAAAUUAAAUGGAGACAUCAAAACCAGUUCAACUUAUUGAACUGUUGAUGAAUCUACUUUCAUGUCUUUGUCUUUGCUCUACAGAGAUUAUUAGGUCUUGAACAAAAAUACCACACAUUUAGGUAAAUCCUCAACUCUCACUCAAAUUGAUUUGACUGAUUAUUGUGUCUAUUUGUAAAGUUUGACCUGACAUCUUCCACCAAACCAUCAAAAUAAAACUGUUUGCUGCGGUGAUGCUGCCUCCAGGGCUGUGUGGUAUUUUCUGUCAGUUAGAGCUUUUGUGCGUUGUGAAGGCGUGAGGCUUUCUCAAAGCAACUCUCUCACAAUAACACUUUAAGUAGCGAGUAGUAGUUCUUUUCAGAUUUCAAAAUGUCUGUCCCUCUUUCCUUUGAACUCCUCCUUUUCUCAUCUCCUCCGUUCCCAAACCCUCUCGGUUUCCCCCUCAUCUCAGGUUGAAGCCCAGACAAAGCACACAGACAGCAACGAACGCCCUUCGAUUGUGAGUCUUAAUUCCUCUCCAUUAAUCUCACGCCGUGUCUCGGCCCAGCAGCGAGUCUCACACCUGAGGCGAGAGCAGCAGGUCUCCUCUCAGGCCGAGCAGCAGAUCCUCAUUGUGACCCCGUCGUUCCCCUCACAGCUGAGGACGUCUGAGUUCAGCCAGGAUGAGAUUGAAAAGGGAGUGGGUUUGUGGUGUCACUGUCGUCUAAACAGCUGAGGCAGGAAAACAGUAUUGUUUUUUGUGAAAGAAUGUGUGUUUAGUUGAACCAGUGUGACAAGUGUGUGAACAAGGCAGAGGAUAUUGACUGUGUGUGUGUGUGUGUGUUAAUUGUGUCACAGCAGGUGGGAGCAGCAGCAUUCUUAGUAUUCUUACACAAAUAAAAAGCACAACACAACCACAAUAUACAAAAAAUUAUUUUAUAUAUGGUAGAGAAACACACUAACUUACAUUUCUUCAAGCAUUAAAUUGAAUAUAGUAAAACAUAAGAAGCCAAUCCGACAUCCUUAAAGCAUUUAUCUGCAUGAUAUACAAAAUAAAUAUGUUAUGUCUUUAUGAUACCUAAAGGCCAGAUUUCCCUACAAGAAGGAGAGAGAGGGGAGAGGUAUUUUGUUGGCUGCAAUAUGCAACCUCCCCUCUAGAGGGCCACUAAAUCCCAAAUAGUGAGCCUUUAAAUGUGCAUGUGAUGACUACACUCAUAACAUCAUGCUAAAAGUCAGCUGUGUUUUCACCAGUUGAUGGUCUAUAGACUAUAUCCAAAACAUGGAAACGAGUAAGCCGCAUUGUUCUUGUUCCUCUGUAGAGUGAGGUCACUUUGCCCUAUAGAAUCAUUAAAGCUACGUUACAUUGUGAAGGUUACGUUUGAGCAGAUAAAUCCAUCCAGUACACUUUUCAUCAUGAGAAUCCCUCUCAUUGGAGCCCAUUGUUCCAUCCAAAGCUUGACAGACCUACUGUGCUAAGUUAACGGUUAAGAUCUGAUUGGAGGGAGUUAGAUUCAGACCCUGUGUUUAAGUCCAUUCACAAACUAAGUGUGACAGAAAGCUAAGAAUCUCUGGUUUCCUACAUGAACUGUAACCACUUUCCUUUUCUGUAAACCUCCGGCACUUGAACGCAGCACUCGUCGGGCAAAGUGGUAGAGACUGUUGUCCUCAGCCGCACACAGACAGACUAUUGAUUUCAUGAUUAGCCCGUCUGUCUUUGAUUCCUAUUUAGUCUGUCGAUAGCAUCGACGGCACAAUUGCGUCGAUUGACCACUGGAUAUUUUCUAAACGACAGGAAAACAGACAUUGUCAUUGUUUACUCUGCUCCUCAGUGUCAUUUGACAGGUUCUACUCGACUAUUGUUUAUCUUCAUCAUCUCAUAUUCUUGUUCUUGUCUUCAGCUCAUCAGACCUUUCAACUCUCUCUCUCCUUCUUUUCCUCUUGUGCUUUGCUGCAUUGCCCCUUAACUUCUUAUGUACAGUUGCACCCCUGCUGGUAUUUGUGCGACACUGCGUCUCUGUCUGAUGCCGAGUCGGGGCGAUUCAUUCCCGUCUCGAGAAAGGCUUUGUUCUGUUGGGAUGGAUGGAUGGAUGAAUGGACAUUAUUACAGUGAGCUCUCCUCUGUGAUGUAAAUACUCUGAAGCUCCCUCUUUCGAUUUGUUUUAAAUCCAUUUAAACUCUGAGGUGUGUUUGUUGCUUAGCCUCCCUGGACCACGUUCAUACAGCCAGUGAAGAUCCGAAACCUGUCAUCUCCCUCUUUCUGUUCCUCCCUCACACAGACACACACACACACACACACACACACACACACACACACACACACAAACACACACACACACUGCUGUUUUAAACUGCUGCAUCAGAGAAACAGACCCGCUGGACUACACACGGUGAAGGAGAGCCAGAAGCAAAGUCACAGUUCACAGCACAGACCAACAUUUCUCCUUUGGCUCUGGUCCCUGCACAACACUUCAGAAUGGGGCUACUGUAGCUGUGUGUUAACUGUGAGCACGGACGCACUAUAUCUGCGACUGGGCCCGUCUGCUGCCGUGUGAAUGUGGUCCACAAGUAUUUUUCCAUAUUUAUUGAUGUAUAUUCUUAUGAAUUCCAGUCCUGUUAUUGUAUUAUAUUCUUUACAAGACAAGCGAUCAUUAAAGGAACCUCUUGUUUGGAUCUGUUAUCUGGCUCCAUUGUGUUUACUUGGUAUGGUUUAUUUAAAGCCACAGUACAUGUACGUGUGUUUAAAGCUGUUGUAAUGUCUUUAAAGAGGAUCUAAUAUAAUCAUAAAAAGAACAUAACAUGUGUUGUUAGUGUUUUUCUAAUCCUAAUC